UUCAUCUCACUUUCGCCUCCUUCCAUCACCUCCGCCUCUUCUGUCACUCGUUGGAGUCACUUCUCUCAUUCGUUGGAGUUGCGAUAGGGCUGGUAUGGACUGUGGAGCAGCGAUCGUUUACAGCCACGUCAACUGGUAGCGCCCUCCGACUUUGUAAAUUCUCAGAUCAACAUAGCCUUCUAACCCUAAUAUGUCCAAUAUGAGAUGAGCCUCAAGAAGAUGAAGAUGAAGAGGAAGAGCAACGAACCGCAACAAUUUGAGUUCUGCGACGUCUGUAGAUUAAACCAUAACCAGGGUCGCCGCCACAAUUACUUCCCUACUCACAAAGCUUCGCUCGCCACGCUCCUUACGCGCUUCCAGUCCAAGCUCACCCAUGUCAAAUCCUUCCUUAAAUCCCCGACGCCUAUCCGCCCCGACUUCGCGAAUCAAAACCGCCUCUGGUGCAUCUUCUGCAAUUGCAACAUUCUCGAGCUCGAUAACCCAUUCUCUUGUGGCAAUGUGAUCCAACAUUUGGCAAGCGUAGAGCACUGGAAGAGAAUUAAGGGUUUUAUGUGGAAGUAUGGAGGUGGGAUGAAUAGCGUUGAUUUGUUUCGUAUUAGUGAGUCGGAUUAUGCCAAGUGGGAGAAAAAAUGCAGAACAUUGGAGACUGAAGCUGCAAAAGCAGAAUCCAUUGGACCAGUUACCGGACCUCCGAAAAAUAUCCAUAAUGAACUGCAUGCUGACUCUGUUAAUAGUUUACAAAAAGAUAAUAUUGAUUCUUGUAAUUUUUUCAUUUCAAAUGGUGUUGUACCUUUACAUAGCUAUACGAAUGAGAGGACUCAGACACUCUGCUCAGUGUCAUCCAUUCCAGAUGCUGGUCCUUCUUCACGUAAUAUACCUGGAAGUCUGCAAAGGGUACAUGCACAGGACCCAAAAGAGAACAUGGAUAAUCUGCAUUGCUCCACUUAUCAUGCUAGGGAGUGCUCGUCUUAUGGUUAUCUCCGUGAUAGAGCUGUCAACGCAGGAGUAAGAACAGCUAAUGGAGAGAACACAUCUCCUGUUCCAAGUUGUUUUCUUCUCCCAGAAGCUUGUGUUUUGCUACAGCUUAUUAAUUUAGUUUGUCUUAGUUCGUGGGUCAUUGUUUUCUUCUGUUCUUUCAUGCAAGAUCGGAUAAACUUGACGCGGAUUUCUUCUUCAUCCAAAGAAGCCUUGGAAGAAAAUGUUCACAGUGGAGCACCGCCACCUUGGUUUGAUGCAACCAAUGGUAAUCAGCUAAAUGAUGUGCUGAAAACAGAAGAGAAGGAUCUUUUGUCUCCUAAAGCUAGGAAAUCCUCAAAAUUGAACCCGAAACGUGUUGGAGCUGCUUGGGCAGAAAGAAGAAAACUCGAGUUAGAGUUGGAAAAGAGAGGGGAGCUUGUUAAAUACAGUUAUGAUGCCAAUUGGCUCCCUAAUUUUGGUCGAGUUUGGCAGUCCGGCCCAAGGAAAGAAUCCAGAAAAGAGUUUCAGAUGGAAAGUAAAGCAUCCCCAAAAACGGCCGAACAAACAGAGAUUGUUAUGACAUUACAGCCUUACAUUGGGAAACGGAAGGUAAAGUCUCACAUUUUUCAUGUUGUUUCCAUUUUAACUGCACAUGAUGAGUGCAAUAUGUGCCUUUAUUCCUGA